AUGGCGGCGGGCGAGGGCGGGGCCGAUUCGCUGCCCCCGCCCUCCCCCUCCUUGCCCGGGCCCCUCCCGGGCCCCGAGCGCGCCUUGGAAGAAGCGGUGGCCUCGGGCAGCCUGAGCCUGGCGGGACGGCGGCUGAGGCACUUCCCCGGAGGAGCGGCUCGGCGCUGGGACCUCAGCGACACCACGCAAGCGGAUCUGUCGCGGAACCGCUUUGCCGAAGUGCCCGAGGACGCCUGCCACUUGAUGUCCCUGGAGGGGCUGAGCCUGUACCACAACUGCCUACGCAGCCUCCCUCCCGCCAUCGCCAACCUCCAGGCCCUCACCUACUUGAACGUCAGCCGGAACCAGAUCUCGGUCCUGCCCGCCUGCCUCUGCCACCUGCCCCUCAAGGUCCUCAUUGCCAGCAACAACAAGCUGGCCGCCCUGCCGGAGGACAUUGGCUCCCUCAGCAGCCUUCGGCAACUGGAUGUGAGCAGCAAUGAGUUGCGGUCCCUCCCGGGGAGCAUGGGAAGCCUGGAGUCUCUUCGGGAUCUCAACAUUCGCCGGAACCAGAUCACCGUCCUGCCUGAAGAGUUGGCCGAGCUUCCGCUGGUGCGGCUGGAUUUUUCCUGCAACCUGGUCACCCGCCUCCCGGUCUGCUUCCGUCUCCUGCGACACCUGCAGUGCAUCCUUCUGGAGAACAACCCCUUGCAGUUCCCACCCGCUCAGGUCUGCCUGAAAGGCAAGAUCCACAUCUUCAAAUACCUCAACACGGAGGCCUGCGGCAAAGGCAGGCCGGGCCUGGCGGAGCUUGCCCAGGGACGCCCCACCGGCUUUGGCACGUGCCUCCCGGAGGACUUCUACCCGGCCCGACAGUACGGGGGCCUCGACUCCGGCUUCAACAGCGUGGACAGCGGCAGCAAGCGGUGGUCGGGGAAUGAGUCGACCGACGAGUUCUCCGACCUCUCCUUCCGCAUUGCUGAGUUGGCCCGCGACCCCAAGCAGCUGAGGGAGCAGCGCGGAGGGGCAGGUGAUGCUGGUGAACUGGAGCAAAUUGACUACAUUGACAGCAGUUUGAAUGGGGAAGAGGAGGAGGAGGAGGAGGAUCUCCUGGUGGAGGAAGAGGCGAUGGGCCCCCCUCCGGCUGGGAGGGCCAGCAAGGCGUGGACCGGCCCCCCGGGGACGGCGUCCCAGGAGGAGCCCCAGAAACCGGCCAGGAUCCCUUCCCCGAGAGCGGGAGCUGCAGACCCAGGGCUGGCUGGCAGGAGCAGCAGCGGGGCUCCCCUCGCCAGGCCGGAGGUCUCACUGGAGGAGCGCCGUCGCCCUGAACUCCUGCUGCUGUGGCAGGAAAGGGAGCGCCAGCAGCAGCAGCAGCAGCAGCGGUGGAGCCAGGGGGCAGAGAGGCCGGACAGCGGCAGCAGCAGCCUGGCAGAGAAGGGCACUGGCCUCCCUCAGCCGAAGCUCCGUGCCCAGAGCACCAGUCUUGCGCCCCGCGAUGCCAGCUUGGCGCAGAGGCCCUCCAGCUUCCUCUUCCGCUCUUCGUCCCAAAAGAGCAUCCAGCGCAGUUCGGGUGAGUACUCCCCACCUCCUGAGCUCAACAGCCCCUUGCAGUCCCGUGCUGGAUCCCAGGCCCCAGGCGAGAGCGAGCUCCUUGGCCAGCUGCGCAAGGCAAUUGAGUCCCAUCUGAACCUGACGCUGGCAGAGGACCUGGGUGAGGCCCUGGCUGAUGGGGUCAUCCUUUGCCAAUUGGCAAACCGUCUGUGCCCACGCUCUGUGCCCUUCAUCCACGUGCCCUCGCCUGCUGUGCCGAAGCUGAACCCCUCCAAAGGACGCAAGAACCUGCAGAGCUUCCUGGCCGCCUGUCGCCAUCUUGGGAUUCCUGAGGUGUCUCUCUGUGGUGCCCCAGACAUUGCCCUCCUCCUGCAAGGCAACGUCCGCGGCUUCCUGUGCCUGCUGGAGGCCCUGCUGCUGCUGCUGCACCCAGCGGCAGGCGGGCCCCUCGCCCCCGCCGCCCUCUCGGGCCAGCUCGCCGGCUUUGGUGUCUUCUAUGCCUGCGCCGAGCUCUGCGGCCCCCGCGGCGCCGGCCCCCUGGACGACGAGGACCUGCCCGGCCUGGCCGCCACUGUGCGGGCGCUGCUGGCCGCCGACCGGAGGAGCGGGGCGCUCUAG